AUGUGGAAGUCAGCAAAACAAACAACUGAGCACCCAGGGAUGGGACGAGGAGACACAUGUUUGGAUGGGAAUGAGAAGGAUGAACAUUGUGAAGCCCUGAGGAAGGAAGAAGAAAAACACCCACAUAACAUGAGGAGUAAUUCUGGUCUUUUACAGGGUGAUGGCUCUCCUGAAAUUCUACUACCUAAAAAAUUCUACGGAGAAGACAAUAAAAAUGAAAACCUCGCAAGUACAGGAAAAAAUCCUGAAACAUCAUGCUUUACUGUGCAUUGGGAAACCUAUAACAGAGAGAAAAUAUAUAAAUGUGUGGAGCAGGGGGAAAGUUUUAUAUGGAGUGGAAACCUUAAUUCCCCUCAAAGAACUCACACUACGGAGAAAGUAUAUAAAUGCCUGGAGUGUGGAAAAGGCUUCAAGAAGAGUGGACACCUUACUUCUCAUAAAAGAAUUCACACAGGGGAGAAGCCAUAUGAAUGCCUGGAGUGUGGGAAAAGCUUCAGUCACAGUGCAACCCUUAAUUCCCAUCAAAGAAUCCAUAAAGGAGAGAAACCAUACAAAUGCUUGGUGUGUGGAAAAAGCUUCCGUGUCAAUGGACAUCUUAGUUCCCAUCAAAGAAUUCACACAGGGGAGAAGCCACAUAAAUGUCUGGAGUGUGGAAAGAGCUUCAGUGAGUAUGCAAGCCUUACUCGCCAUCAAAGAAUUCACACAGGGGAGAAACCAUAUAAAUGCCUGGAGUGUGGGAAAAGCUUCAGCGACUAUGGAAGCUUUAAUCGCCAUCAAAGAAUUCACACAGGGGAGAAGCCAUAUGAAUGCUUGGAGUGUGGGAAAAGCUUCAGUCAGAAUGGACACCUUACUUCCCAUCAAAGAAUUCACACAGGGGACAAACCAUAUAAAUGCCUGGAGUGUGGGAAAAGUUUCAGUCAGAGUGUAAACCUUUCUUCCCAUCAAAGAAUUCACACAGGAGAGAAACCAUAUAAAUGCCUGGAGUGUGGGAAAAGCUUCAGUGACUAUGGAAGCCUUAAUUGCCAUCAAAGAAUUCACACAGGAGAGAAACCAUAUGAAUGCCCAGAGUGCGGGAAAAGCUUCAGUCAGAGUGGAAACCUUUCUUCCCACAGAAGAAUUCAUGCAAGAGAAACCAUAAAUAUGUUUCACGUGUGGAAGGAUAUUAAAUCAAACAUUGCAGUAUUUGAAAGGAAUGCAAUAAUACAGUUUAAUGAUGUUUUCCAUAAUUCAGUAUAAUUAUACAAAAUGUUUCUGAGAUUAACCACGAAAUCUGGGC